AUGGCCCGUGGCGGCGAAAAUGAGUUUCGCGACGCCUGCCACGAGGUGCGCAAAGUGGCUGGUGGGCUUUGGGAUGUGCCUCGUCAAAGAACGGCCCUUCUAGCCGCAGUCCUUGAUGCGGAGUUGCGGAUAAUGAGCGACAAGGAGGCGAAGCGCUUGAACACCUCGUUCCAAGAGCUCUUGUCCUCCUUGGAUGUCGCUGUGCCAGAGACCUUGGAUUGGUGGCUACGCUACCUCCGUUUUGCCCAACGUGCAGGGGCUUUGGGAUGCUCUGGAGUGCCCAGUGUGUCCGAAGUCCACUGGCGGGCUCUGCGGGUGCUGCCGGCACCUGAUGCUGAAGCCAGUGGAAGCCCGAAGGAGACGCAGGGAGAGGCCGAAGCGGCCGGCAAGACUUCUCUCGACGAUGCAAAGGCUCCGAGCGAGGUCGUCGAGGUUGCAGCGACCGAGGCUGAGCCGACAGAGCAGAAGUCGCCCGACGCUCUCCUGGCGGCUGGCGCCACGGGGCCGAGCGAGAGCUCAGCGCCCGACGCAUCACCAGCUGAGGCGAGCCCUGACGCGAGCCCUGACGCGAGCGCAGACGCAGACACGACGGACGGUGCCAAAGCCGAAGCCGAAGCCGAGAAGAGCCCUUCGGUUCAACCUGGACACGAGUCGAAGGAUGGAACGCUCCUGGCCGAGCACGAACACGAGCAUGAAGAGACGGAUGGUGAGGAGCAUGAGUUCGGAGAGACCGCCCAUCUCGUGGAGCUGGAGGCUGAAGAGGACCCUGAGUUCGAGCAGGAGGACGUCAAUGAAGAAGAUGCAGAGGAGGAAGAAGAAGAAGUGUACAAGGAGGAGGAGCUGGGCCCGCCGAUCAACAUCUACAAGCCUGUGACACCUUACGAGGUCAACUGGGAAAUCACGGAAGUUCCGGUGGAAGGAUCUGCAGGUGGAAGCCAAGGGUCGAAGAAGGUCGGAAAAGUCGUGAAGCCGAAGGUAACCAAAGGACGUUGCCAAUGGCGCAAUCCUGUUGGGUUCAUGUGCUCGACAAAUACCUCGGAGGCUGCCGAGCAUGAGCCGUGGCCGAAUGACAUGUAUGCUGUCUACACGUCGACACAGGGAGGAGACAGCAAGGACAUGUCGUGGGUCGAGGGCGUAACGCUGUUGAGCUCCGAGGGGCACAACAUCAUGGCCUUCAUCUUGCUCAUGGCCUUUCUCCGAGAUCACCAGGAGCUCUACGUGGAUGUGGACCUCAUGGACGGUCGCAUCUACUCCAUGAAGGGUCCCGGUGGGCUGGAGCUGACGCCUGCGGAGGAUCAAGUUCUUCUGUGCGAGGAUAUAGAGGUCAUCAAUGAUGUGCGGAAGGCUUUGUCAGAGGCUUUCUACAGCAAAGCUUCGCCAAAGAUUACCACCGUGCAAGAGGAGGAUGGGAUCGACUUCUCCGGGACACGAGGCAGACGGGACGAUGAGCCCGUACCGCAGGUGGCUGCAGAGCCUCGAGUUUCAGAAGCUUUGGACCGUCUUUUUGAAGUGCUGCGCGAGUGCUCCACACGCAUGGAGAGCAUCGACGAGGAGACUUGGAACCAGCGCAUCAGCCUGUCCAAGCCGACUCGGCAGAUCAUUCCUUUGCACCAACAGAGUAGCAGGAAGGCCAGGACAGUUUCGUUAGGUUACUUCAACGGUAUCUGUCGGUCCAACCUGAAUGAAGUCACCCACAAAAACUGUGCAGCAAUGCUACAGGUGCCGGAAAUUCCGACCCUGACAGAAGUGAAGUGUUGA